AUGGGGCGCGUGAGAACAAAGACAGUGAAGAAAUCUUCACGGCAAGUGAUCGAGCGUUACUACUCGAGGAUGACGCUUGAUUUCCACACCAACAAGAAGCUUCUAGAAGAAGUAGCCAUCAUCCCCUCCAAGAGGCUCCGCAACAAGAUUGCAGGCUUCUCCACCCAUCUCAUGAAGCGCAUUCAGAAGGGUCCCGUUCGCGGCAUCUCACUCAAGCUUCAGGAGGAGGAGCGCGAGCGCCGCAUGGACUUCGUCCCCGACGUCUCCGCCAUCAACACCGAACACAUCGAGGUGGACAAGGAAACCCUUGAAAUGCUCCACUCCCUCGGAAUCAACGACAUGGCCGGCAUCACCCAGGUCGACCCGGUCCCUGUUCAACAAAACUUCCCCUUCACCAGGAGGUACUGA